AUGUCCUUCUUCCGCAUCACCCUGCACCGCUCGGCCAUCGGCCUGCCCAAGAACACCCGCGGCGUCCUCGAGGCCCUCGGCCUCCACCGCCGCUCGCAGACCGUCUUCCACCCCGUCAAGCCCGAGUUCGCCGGUAUGAUCAUGAAGGUCAAGGAGCUGGUCAAGGUCGACGAGGUCGACCGCCCGCUGAGCAAGUUCGAGAUGAAGGAGGCGAGGAGGCCGGAUCCCGGGUUCUACGUCGAGAAGGCUGUUGCGCGGUGA